AUGGCAACUAAGGUCGCAGCAUCCAAACCAUCAGGCCCAGCAGCCGCCAAGAUCGCGAUGAAAGGAGGCAAGUCCAACAAGAAACAGUUCAAGGACAAGGAAAAGCCCACCGACAUCAGACUGAGCAACAUUGAAGCCGCUAAAGCCGUUGCAGAUGCCAUCAGGACCAGUCUGGGACCUAAAGGUAUGGACAAGAUGAUCCAGGGCAAAACUGGAGACGUCACCAUCACAAACGACGGUGCUACAAUCUUGAAAGAGAUGCAAGUGUUCCACCCUGCAGCCAGGAUGUUGGUGGAGCUCAGCAAGGCUCAGGAUAUUGAGGCUGGAGAUGGAACCACUUCCGUGGUUGUCAUUUGUGGUGCUCUUCUGGACGCUGCUCGCAAACUUCUCCAACGUGGCAUCCAUCCUACCACUAUCUCCGAAGCUUUUCAGAUCGCUCAGGCCAAAUGUGUGGAGGUCCUUACUUCUAUCGCUAUGCCCAUGAAGUUAUCAGACACUGAAUCUCUGAUCAAGAUGGCCUCUACCUCCCUAAACUCUAAAGUGGUUUCCCAAUACUCCGGUCUUCUCGCUCCUCUGUCUGUUCAGGCUAUCAUGAACAUCAUUGAUCCCGAAACCGCCACCAAUGUCAAUCUCAAAGACAUCCGGGUCGUUGCCAAAGUUGGAGGAACUGUUGAAGAUACCAGACUAGUAAAUGGAAUCGUCUUGACCCAAAGAGCACAAGCAACUGGAGUUCACAGAGUUGAACGAGCAAAGGUAGCCCUCAUUCAGUUCUGUCUGUCUCCUCCUAAAUCUGAUAUGGAUUCCCAAGUAGUGAUCUCGGACUACACCCAAAUGGACAGGAUCUUGAGGGAAGAACGAGCCUACAUCCUCGAUCUGUGCAAGAAGAUAAAGAAGAGUGGAGCUAACGUGCUCCUGAUCCAGAAAUCAAUCCUCCGAGAUGCUCUGAACGACAUGGCACUUCACUUCCUGACCAAGAUGAAGGUUCUGGUUGUCAAGGACAUCGAGAGGGACGAGAUUGACUUCGUGAGCAGGACACUGGGAUGUCGACCCAUCGCCACCGCAGACCACAUGCUCCCUGAACAUCUGGGACAGGCUGACCUUGUAGAGGAAAUCCACGUCGGAGGUGGCAACAAGGUAGUGUCUAUCACCGGGUGCCAGAGCAAUGCCAAAACAUGCUCUAUUUUGGUACAAGGAAGUAACAAACUGCUGGCUGAUGAAGCUGAGAGGUCUAUCCAUGAUGCUCUUUGUGUUAUCAGGUGUUUGGUUAAGAACAAGAACAUGAUUGCUGGCGGUGGAGCUCCUGAAAUUGAACUUAGUAUCCAGUUAGCGCAAUAUGCUGCUACACUCAGCGGAGUAGAGUCUCAUUGUAUCAAAGCAUUCGCUGAUGCACUGGAAAUCAUCCCAUUCACACUGGCUGAAAAUGCUGGACUCCCUCCAAUCAACAUCGUCACGGAGCUCCGAAACCGUCACGCUCAAGGAGAGGCUAUGGCCGGUAUCAACGUCAAGAAAUGCUGCAUCACUAAUAUCACAGAGGAGAACGUACUGCAGCCCCUGCUCGUUUCCAUCAGCGCCAUCACUCUCGCUAGUGAAACUGUGAGGAGCAUUCUCAAAAUCGAUGAUAUUGUUAACACAUCACGCUAGAUACAAUAAUCAGUUUCGUCCGACUCUUAUUUGUUUAAGUUUAUUUGUACUAUUGGUAUUUUGAGCGAGCUGUAUAUUAUGUUUUUAUACCAAAAGGCACUAUUUUCGUAUCAAGAAUAA